CGGUCUGAGCCCGCGCGGGUCCGCCAAGGUGCGUCUCUAGGCAGACGCUGUCGCCUAGCGCAGAGCAAGCUGGACGCGCCACCCGCAGGGCUGGCUGCUGCCUUAUUUACUAGGAAAUACUGUUUCUCUGCGGGAGAGUCCGGGAGCGCAGACCCACACACACGCUAGCUAGCGCGCUCGCGCUUAACAACUGCAUCCCCAAACCGGCAGAGCGAAGCUGCUGCGGUUCCUCUUAACCUCAGCAUCGUGGGGCGAAGCAGGGCCAUUGUGCAUCAGGGAGAGCCCGGUGCCUGCGCUGCCACCUUGGGUACGUAACCCAGCAGACCGCUCACCCCAAAGGCUGGAAUGCUUGCUGAUUCCUCUGCAAACUUCUAAGGCUGAGAUCCUGAGGAACCCAGCUGGAGAAUGCCGUCUGAACGCUUCCUCAGUAUUCAAGAAAUGCUGACGGGCCAGAGGCUCUGCCACUCGGAAUCUCACAAUGAUAGCGUCCUGGCGGCACUGAAUCAGCAGAGAAGUGAUGGCAUCCUCUGCGAUGUCACCCUGAUUGCUGAGGAACAGAAAUUCCACGCUCACAAGGCAGUCCUAGCAGCCUGCAGUGACUAUUUCCGGGCCAUGUUCAGUCUUUGUAUGGUGGAAAGUGGGGCCGAUGAGGUGAAUUUACAUGGGGUGACCAGCCUUGGCUUAAAGCAGGCCCUGGAGUUCGCGUACACAGGACAGAUUUUGUUGGAGCCUGGCGUGAUCCAGGAUGUGUUAGCAGCUGGCAGUCACCUACAGCUGUUGGAGCUUCUCAACUUAUGUUCCCACUAUCUCAUCCAGGAAUUAAAUAGCUUUAAUUACUUGGAUCUGUACAGACUUGCUGACCUCUUUAACCUCACUUUGUUGGAGAAGGCAGUGAUCGAUUUCUUAGUGAAACAUCUCUCUGAACUCCUGAAGAGUCGCCCGGAAGACAUUCUAACGCUCCCUUAUUGUCUGCUUCAGGAGGUCCUGAAGAGCGACCGCCUGACCUCCUUGAGUGAAGAGCAGAUCUGGCAGCUAGCCGUCAGGUGGUUGGAACACAGCUGCCACUACCAGUACAUGGAUGAGCUCCUGCAGUACAUCCGCUUCGGCCUGAUGGACGUGGAUACUCUCCACACUGUUGCCCUGUCCCACCCCCUGGUCCAGGCGAGUGAGACCGCAACAGCUCUUGUCAACGAGGCCCUGGAGUACCACCAGAGCAUCUAUGCCCAGCCCGUGUGGCAGACCCGCAGGACCAAACCGCGGUUCCAGUCAGAUACUCUGUACAUCAUUGGUGGGAAGAAGCGCGAGGUCUGUAAAGUCAAGGAACUUCGGUACUUCAACCCGGUGGACCAGGAGAACGCCCUCAUAGCUGCCAUUGCCAACUGGAGCGAGCUGGCUCCCAUGCCCGUGGGCAGGAGCCACCACUGUGUGGCCGUGAUGGGGGACUUCCUGUUUGUUGCAGGAGGGGAAGUUGAGCAUGCCAGCGGCCGGACGUGUGCCGUCAGGACCGCCUGUCGCUAUGACCCCCGCAGCAACUCCUGGGCAGAGAUAGCACCCAUGAAAAACUGCAGGGAGCAUUUCGUGCUGGGAGCCAUGGACGAAUACCUCUAUGCAGUUGGGGGCAGAAAUGAACUGCGCCAGGUCCUGCCGACCGUCGAGCGCUACUGCCCCAAGAAGAACAAGUGGACUUUUGUGCAGUCCUUUGACCGGUCCCUCUCAUGUCACGCCGGAUACGUGGCUGACGGUCUUCUUUGGAUAUCAGGUGGAGUAACCAACACAGCCCAGUAUCAGAACAGACUAAUGGUAUAUGAACCUAACCAGAAUAAGUGGAUAAGCCGCAGCCCCAUGCUGCAGAGGAGGGUCUACCAUUCCAUGGCUGCUGUCCAAAGGAAGCUCUAUGUUCUUGGAGGCAAUGACCUGGACUACAAUAACGACCGCAUCCUCGUGAGGCACAUAGACUCCUACAACAUAGACACCGACCAGUGGACGCGUUGUAAUUUUAACCUUUUGACUGGCCAAAAUGAAUCUGGAGUUGCUGUCCAUAAUGAGAGAAUAUAUUUAGUUGGUGGAUAUUCAAUUUGGACAAAUGAGCCUCUGGCUUGUAUCCAGGUACUGGAUGUGAGUAGAGAAGGCAACGAAGAAGUGUUCUAUGGGCCUACACUCCCUUUUGCUUCCAAUGGAAUAGCAGCAUGCUUCCUUCCAGCUCCAUAUUUCACAUGCCCUAACCUUCAAACUCUCCAAGUGCCUCAUCACAGGAUUGGCACCAUCUGAAAAGCCAAUGCUCUCGUAAUAACCAUCAUAAACAGGAGGGGAAAGAAAGAAAAAAAAGCCUGACUUUUGGAUUCUGGGCAUGAAAAUACUCAGUGCUCAGUGCCUCCUUGUUUUGUUUUCUAGAUCUUAUAUUCAGAUAAACAUUAGCAAAAAAUGAACAGUUUUCUAAAAUACAUUAUUGAAAAUGCCUGUCACCCUUCUCAGUGUGUCAACAUACAAUAUGUAUGACUUUUAUUGUGGUGUAGCUUUAGCGCCAACUUAAUGGUCCAUGGGUCUUUAGAACACUCUUUGUACACUUUGUCUAAUCAGUGCUGUCUAGGACAUUGCAUUCUUAGUAAGACAAUUUAUUUCACAAGUACUGCCAUCAAUGACCUUAAAAAAAAAUCUUCAGUACUUAAUCCCUGUAGUACUUAAGCCUGCGUUUGUAAUUUUUCUUUUAAAAAUUUAACAUUAUGCAGUACCGCUCAGUAGAGACUCACCAUUAUGACAUCAUAAAUUUUUAAGUGCCAUAUUUUAUUCAAGGUAAUACGAAUAACAGACGUACACUGAAAUGGCAGAUGGAAUACCCAGAUUUUUUGCCUUAGUUGCUCGUGACCUUGGGCCAGGAGCUUAACUUUACAGUGCUUCAGUUUUCCCACUUUUUAAGGAGGGCAAUUAUUGAUUUCCAUAUUAAUUCAGAAGAAUGUUGUGAGGAUUAGGCAAAUGCUCUGAAGUCCUUCGCCUAAGAAAAAAAUGUCACUCAAAUUACAAGGUAUUUUACUGUUUUUAGAACCUUGUAACUGAACAGGGAGAUUAUUUUUGAAGUUUAAAAAUUACUAGAUGUAACUUCGAACACAUGCUAUGAGAUAAAUGAUUCUGAAAAGCAUAUGAAAGAGACAUGCUAAUUAGGAAAAAGGGAGUUUACCAAAGCCAAAGAUUCCUAAACUUGCAUAAAUCCUUGCCUCAAAUAAUAAGUCUCAAACAUUUCAUUUAAGCUCAUUUAGUGAAAAAUGACACUUUAAAGCUCAAAAAAAAUUAGUUGUACUAAUUCUGGUACCAUAAAUUGCUUUGACAUAAAUUUGAACCUAGAAUUGGUAGUUCUAAUAAAAUUUUUUCCACUUUGUUAAAGGUUAUGUCAAUCUUGAAUGCUUGUGGGAUUAUUCUCCACCACUGAUACAUAUUUUAUUACUACCACUUUUAAUAAUGCAUAAAGAUUUUUUUAGGUUAGGUUUUUGGAUUUGCUUUGUCUAUGACGAAAAAUAAAAGAAAAAUAAAAAACUCAGUAUUUGGAUUUGAACAUAAAUUUAACAAGUAUAAGGUGAGUCCCCCCCCCUUCCUGAUCUUGUUAGGAUUUAAGUCACCUUUAUUAAAAGGAAGGCUUUACUCUGACUUUUUUCUCCAAGGCAUAGUUUAUAGUUAAUCAUUCAGCAAUUCUUGUCUUAUGGGAAAUUGUCAUUUUAUUUAUGUAAUACUUUUAGUAAUCAGAAGUGAAAAAAAUAUUUUUUAUCCUAAAUGCAGAAUUCACUAACUUGAUACAUUAUAAGAUAACUAAAACAUUAAUUUAAAAUGUAUAUACUGGUUAUUCAGAUUAAAGGGUGGGAGGGGAGACUAGGGCUAAGAAAAAGGGCGAAUUUUUAAAUGAACAGAUUUAGACAAACAAAAACCUUAAAAGAGUAUUUGCACAGUUAUGAAAAGUGAAAAUUGAUAUUGGUAACUGAUAUUUAGAAGGAAGACAGAGAGUAUAAACCAUCUAAAUUAAAAGUUUAAAAUGCCUUACCAGGUAAGAAGAAUGGGCUCCAGUGUUUGAGAAAUCUUUUCAAGAAGAACCUAAACAAGAAGCAUUUCAGUUUUACUAAAAUUUCUACUUGACACACAGAUUUUUCUCCUCCAACAGUUUUACCUUAUACAACAAUUAACAUCUAUUCACAAUUCCAGAACCUCUAUCCAAUUAAUGAAAGGGAAAUGGUCUAAAAAUGAGCUUGCUUGACUGAUAACAGAAAGGCAGUCUGAGAUUAUUCUUAUUUCUGUGUAGAUUUCUAACUAUUCAUUUAAAGCAAGUCAGUGUAUAUUAUCAAACUUGUCCUUGGUGAACUUGAGUGUAUUAUUCAUUAAUUUUAUAGAACUGAAGUCAGAAUUUUUAAGUUUUGUAGAGCUUUCAGAAACACUAGUAAUUACAGCCAAAGAACAGCAUCCAAAAUACAGCAUCCCUCCCCUAAGAAGAAAAAACUCAGAUCACUUACAAAUCCUUUUCCUCAAAUUAUCAAUCAUAAGAGCUAAUAUGAAAAAUUCUAUAAAACAAUGUUGGUCAUAUAAACCAAAUUCCUUUGAAAUUACCAGAUUUAUAUUUUCCAUUUAAGUGAACUAUCCUACAGUAAUUCAUUUUCCAUUUUUACUCUUCAAAAUUAAAGACCAUACUAUAUUUAUAUUUAAAUUAUUAAAUUAAUCUGAAUUUCCAUAAGACCAUGAAACUUCCAACAAUUUAAAUACCAUUUCAAGAUUUUACUUUAAAAAAGAAAAAGCAACACAGAUAUUAGCAGAGUGUUCUUACCGUAGGAGGAAAAGCCAGGAAAAGAGAUGACUCUACAAUGAUAUACAUGUAAAAUGCAGUAAAAUUCCUUUGAUCCUUAAGAACAAAAUGCCAAUUGGUUAUCAUCAGGGUAUUUUUUGUACUUUUUCUCUUCAUAUUUUCCUCAAAGUUAAACCACAUGUAUAUUGUAUCCCCUUCAGCCAUUGCAACAGCUGAAAAAUAACUUUCUUUUGUUUUAGCACAGAGUAUAAAAGCAACAGGAAUAAGAUAAAAAUUAUUCCUCCAGGUAACAUGGUUCAUUUUUAUUUUGGUUUUUCAAGAGUCGAUCUGUCAUAAAAAGAGUUGAAUGAUCAACAGGUGCAGUGUAAGUUGAGUAUAUACAUUUUUUUAUUAUAUGUCAUUAGUACAUGCACAAAUAACUUAAAACAUGAGUAUACAAUAAGAGUGCCCAGAAUUUUUCUAAAAGCACAAUUCACAAACACAAUAAACUGGAUAACAGUAUACCAAAAACUUUAAUAAGCAGAAAUUGGUAGAUUUCAAUCAUUUGGUACUGAUUUUGGUAACCUUACUGAUACAAUUUAACAGAAUCAUAAUAUAAAUUUCAUAUCUUAUUAAAUAUGUGAAAGAAUAUGCUACUUUGCUAGCUUCCCAAACCAACUGUUUUAAACAAAGAUAACAUGUUAUUUACAUUAGCAUACUAUACACUUGACUGACAAGGCAGUAUUUUUAACCCUGGGAGGAACAGGCAGGAGAUCACUUUUUGGAAAAUGUUAAGGUUUAGGUAAAAAAUCUAUCAAUCAAAAAGCAGGGUUUAGUACAGAUAACAGUUUUCGGUGAGGUUUUGUAUCUACCUUUUGUCUUUGAAACGUAAGUGCUAUGUUAAUGUGUAGAAUUUUGGGAAGGUAGGUUUCCUAAAGGCUUUUUCCAACUGCAAAGGCUCAUCAAAUUUUUUAAUGAUAUAUAAUCCUAACUAAGGGGAAGUAAAAAUAAAAACUGUUGAAGAUUUUGUGAAAGUACAUGGAAAUGGGUCAAUGUAAUUAGUUAAGAACAAGGUAGUUUUAAAAUUUUGUGAUGAAGCACUGAAGAAGAUAGUAAUAAGAGGUAAUAAUAAAAACACACAAAACCUAGCAAACUACAAUUAAUUUUUAAUACACCAAAAAAAGUAGAAAAAGUCAAAUAUGCCUAGUAGGAAAAGAAAAUAUGGAUAAAAUAAAAAAGUUUUAAACUAUGAAACUCUUCUAAUACAAAUGAACUCAAUACUGAAUGAUUUUUGUAGAGAGACAAUACUCCAUGUUUUUUCCUCCCCUAUGGAAACCUAAUUCAAUGUUCAACUAAAAUUUAAAUCAUAACCAAAUCUGAGUGUCUAAUAAAGUCCUUUCAUCA